CUUGCAUAGUUGCAUUGUUUACAGGCUGCAUUUCAUUUCUGUUUUGCGUCAUAUACAACAUUGAAUUAUUGAAAAUACAGCAGUAAAUCUAUCGGUAUCAUCGCUUAUCUUAAUAUUGAGCAUUUAAUCAAUUGUAUUUCAAAAUAUCUCAACACUAAGAAGAUGGCAACUGAAUAUCCUUCAGAGAAGAUUAAAUACAUUAAUCCUGUGAGAAUUUCCCAUACUUAUCCAGCAUUUGCAAGUGAUGAGGAAGUGGAAGCAGCAAAUCAAAUAAAUGUUUGGCAUAAAUUUAUUUUGUUUGAUGUGAGAAAAGAGCAAAAGGAGAUGGUGCUAGAUAGAUUCAUAGAAAUAUGCUCUCCAGUAUUUUUCAUUCCAGUCAAGUACACACAAGAAAGUGAAACCAAAGCAACAUUUUUAUCAUUUUGUCGUUCACAAACUAUUCAAAAACUAGCCUUGCAAAAGCUUCAAUUCAAAUUGAAGAAUGGAAAAACUAUUUACUAUGACAUUGUGCUUUCUUUUCUUUCCUUCAAUGAUAUGCAACUGAAUCCACAAGCAAUCAUAAGUGAAGCUAUAAAAUCACGUUUCAUCAAAGAUAUAGCUAUUAAGAACUUCUGUAAAACUUUUAAUCUAGAAAAUUUUUCAAACGAUCCGCUGUUUACGUCAAUUUACUGCCCAAUUCACAUUCCAAUAAUGUUUGAUGCUAUUUUACGAUUUUCAAAAUCAGUGGCCUGUGGUAAUAAUACCAGAGAUAAGCUUCCAGUCAAAGAUUUGAUUUUGAGAAAUAACAAUCUGGAUACCUUACUCUUCAGUGAAAAAAUCUUCAGCUAUCAUCUCACUAAACUUGAUGUUCGGGACAAUAAAUUGCGUGACAUCAACUUGCUAAGGCCAUUUGCUGAGUACAAGAUUAUAGAACUUUGGCUUGAUGGUAAUCCAUUAUGUGACGAGUAUGAAUCAGUCAAAGAUUAUGUUACAGCUGUUAAAUCAAUCUUUCCUAGUGUGCAAAUUCUUGAUGGCCAAAGUAUUGGAAUGGAACAAAGAUACAUGCCAUCUUUCCAUAAACAUUUCAUAGGUGACAGAAAUAAAAUAUCUCUCAUCAAACAGUUUGUUCAACAUUUCUUUACCUGCUAUGAUCAAGAUGAUAGAAUCGUAUUGAACGGGUUAUACGAUGCCACAGCAAUAUUUUCUAUGACAGUUGGUCAAAUAACUGACAAUAGUCACAAGGAGCUUAUCAAAUCUUUUGCUACUAACAGGAAUUUACUAAAAUUUGUUGACUAUGCCAAAUGCACUGAAUUCCUUCUGUAUGGCCCAGAAAAGAUCAUUUCUAUACUAAGACAGGAGCCACCAACAUUACAUAAAUUAAGCUUAUUAGACAUUGAUGUACUUCAUCAUACUAGCAAUCACUUUUCACUAUCUGUUCAAGGACCAUUUAUUUACAGGAAAACCAAAGCUUCACCACUGUGGUUUCAUAGAACAUUAAUUGUUAUAGCCAAGCAAGACAAUGAAUAUUGCAUUGUUAAUGAUCAAUAUCACAUAGAUAAUUGUCCUACAAGUUUCACAGAUUUUAGAAAUCUAUAUAUCAAUAGUGGAAAUGUCGUUCCUGUGUACAAGCCACUGUCAUUUAGCAAUGGCGAAAAAUUUCAAUUACAAAAGUGUUUGCAAGAACUAACUACAAUGAACCCUGAAUAUUCAGAUAAAUGUUUAAAAGAAGCGAAUUAUGAUUUACAUCGUGCAAUUAGAAAUUUUAUGACCAACUACACAAAUAACAAAAUACCACUUGAAGCUUUUCGUUGGUAAAGAAAUUUUUUAACAAUUAUACAUUUGUAAAUAUGUAUAGUUCUAAGUGCAUUUAUAUCUUUUAUAUAGUUAUGAGUAAAAUAAUUGAUAUACAAAAUAAUAAUUAUAAAUUUAUUCUCCAUAUAACCGAUUUCUCUUAUAAAACA